AUGACUUUUGCAGUGUCAUUUAUAGAAAAUACAUUAAAUAUAGUAGAGAUGCUCAUGUAUAAGCUUAAGGAAAUAGUCAUAAUAAGCUGGAUUAUUGACGUAAGUCUAUCAAAAAAACCUCGGAGCAAAAGACAACAAGAAAUAUGGCGAGUAGAGUGCGAAAUAGGUAUCAUCUCUGAUCCCGAGUGUCCCGUAGAUGGCGGUUGGUCGCCGUGGAGUCCAUGGUCCCCAUGUUACGGAUCAUGUGAUCAAUUGGGUCAUCAGCGCAGAUACAGAGAGUGCAACAACCCGCCACCGUUUGAAGAUGGAAUCAUGUGCAGUGGUGAAGUGGAACAAAUUCGGUCUUGCUACUUAACAAACUGUACGGUCAACGACUAUAAAGAGCUGAUCAAAGGUGAUGCGAUUAGGAACGAUGCUUUCAGGCACUUAGAAACCGUACCGUCUCUUAUGGAACGAUGUCUCCAGACGGAAUGUCCGUUUGAGGCAAUAGACGUAGCACUUAAUGCGGACAAUACUUGGCAACUAAAUGCUGAAGCAUUAUGGAAUUCGCUGCAAUGUGUGAAACAUAAUAUGGGCUGUCCUAUUAUUGGGGAGUGGAGCGCUUGGGGAACUUGGUCAUCCUGCGGCGCUCGUUGUGGCCACGGCUUCAGAUGGAGACUGAGACGAUGUGACGCACCACCACCUUCAGAAGCUCUUCUCAUUUGCUCGGGAUACCCAUUACAAACUGAUGAAUGCGUCGGUGAUCAGUGUGCUAUUGACAUACGUAAUUCUAAUGGCGCAUGGGGUGAGUGGUCACCUUGGACUGCAUGUUCGGAAAGUUGUGGCAUUGGUCUAAGACGCCGCCGACGUUCUUGUUUAGAAAUGCGCACGCCAAUAUCUACUAGCACAUGGGGAACUCAUUGUAAAGGACAACACGAUGAAUUAGAAAUGUGUGAAAACAAAAAAUGUUCGUUAAAUGGAGGAUGGUCUGGCUGGGGUCCUUGGGGACCGUGUUCCCAAACAUGUGGAGCAGGCAGAAGAUCAAGAUCAAGAUCAUGCACGAGACCUAUUCCCGCUGGCAACGGUUCCCCUUGUAUGGGGCAACGUACAGAAAUAGGAUCUUGUCACAUGUUACCUUGUAAUGCUUACACACAUGUCGUCGCUUUAUUUAAUGGCGACUCUAGUAUACAGUACAAUUUUGCCAACAUGCAUUCAACGUUAUUCCAUUUCUACAUAAGAUUCUUGCCAAUAUCUCCACAUGGCACUUUAGUGCGUAGAGGAACAUUACAUGGCCCCUACGUGCGUUUGAGCCUACAAAGAUGGCACAUUUGCUUAGAUGCCAGUGGACUCGCACCAUCUUGUAGUUUACCUCGAAUUUGUAGCCAUUCCGUUAUCGAACCAGCCGUGUGGCAUUCUGUUCUCGUGACUGUAACUAACGAAGCUGCGACUCUGAGGUUAGAUGACUCGCCAGUUACACUAAAAAACACGUUUCCCUGUGAUCCGGAUCUUCCCAAUGAUGAAGUCAAAAUUAUAGUCGGUGAGAGAUUUCACGGUGAAGUUCAAGAACUCAUAUUAAAUUUCAUGCCUCUUCAACUGAUGAGCGAACGGUAUCGUCGUAAAUCUGGUUUCUAUCCCACAGGCGUUACAAAUUUGGCAUAUGAAAAGGCAAAUAUGGAGGAAGGAUACAUAAAUCUCGACAACGACCAAUAUAUACGAAUCCCCUGUUUCUUAAAUCAAGAGGAAUGGCGCAUUGGAUUGACGCUAAAGCCUAGAAGUGAAAUCGGGACUAUAUUAUUUUUAAAGAAUAAAAUGAAUUGGCUUCAUUUAUCGCUACAAAACAUGCGCUUGAAAUUAAAGCUAGUGUUACCGAAUUUCCAUUCCGAAUGUAUAAGUUCUUUCGAAUGCUCAUCCGAACAGUGGCUCGAUAUUGCCGUUACUAAAAAACGAGAUGCAAAUUCUAUCGAGGCCGUUUUAAAUUCUGGAGAAAGAAUACACGUGACAUUUCAAGAUAUUGAAAGUAGCUUCGUUUGUCGUGAUGCAAAUAAUAAAUGUAAGAAACCCAAGCAAUCUACAGAGGGCCAUCUUACGGAUAAAAUAAAAGUUGAUUCCUUGUUAAUCUCACUUUGUACCGACGAAUUUUUUGUUGGAGGAGUUCCAAAAAAUAUCAACGUUUUGGUUUCCGAAGAAUUUCCUACUUUCACUGGCAUUGUAGCUUCCAUCACCGUCGAUAACAUCUUAUUAGAUAUACACCAGCUUAGCAUUGAAAGGAACAAAAAUGGAAUAGUUCAAAUGUCUUCAAGAACUGCGAGUGUCUCAGGGUCUUAUCAUGAGACAUCAUUGGGUAGAUCGAACCAACUUAAUUUGACAUGUCUUCACGCGAGGAAUGUUCGGAAUCACAACGAAGCCGAUUGGUUUCUGUUAGAUACUGCGAUCAAAGACGAGAUGAAUGGUGAAACCGUUCAAUUCGUUGAUGACAGUAGAUUAUUGAAGCUGUUUGCCUCAAUGGAUAGUGAUUUGAGAGGAUUCUACACAUGCAGAGCUCGCAGCAAUAAGCGUAUGCAAAACAUUAUCACUUAUGGAGUCUUGGGAAAAAUCCAGUACAAGUUAUCAGGACCUGAUGCUACUACAGCUGUCGCUGUUAUCACAACUAUUGCUUUAGCGAUCUUCACUUUAGGCUGGCUGUUUAUGGAAGGGAUACACGAUCUGCGCGACGGAUACGGGUUUUUUAGAGAUGCGUAUCUAUCGCCGGAGGAAGAAGCGGACGCGGUUUGCGAAUUCAUAGACCAGAACAAACAUUUGGUCGGAAGUGCUAGUGCUGUGAAAAUUGCGAAGGCUAAAGCGAGACGCAAAGCUCGUCAUUUAGCUAGUCGAUUGAGUUUUGGUGCCCAAGAACCGCAAGGGUUGCUGGAGCAUGAGGUCGAUGAAGAUAAUAUUCCUUCCGAACCCGAAGAAUUGCCUGCACUGCCCGAAAUACAGAGCAGCAUCGAAGCCUCCCAUAACGUGUUGAGAUGUGAACCGAACUACAUUAGUUCGCCAGGCCAUGGUUCAUUUUCAUCGCCGAGAACAAAGUUCACAUCAACGUCGUCUUUAGAAAUGACUUCUCCGAGAGUGCUUUGUUCUCGCCUGCUCAUAGCAAAGAGAAUGCAUUCGCCGCGUAAAACGUCAAUAUCGAACAGAAAGUCUAUCACAGAAAAUGUAUCAAACCCUAGGAAAACCAGAUCGAAAUUGUUCACUAUAAAAUCUUCAUCUGGACUUCAACAAUCGGCGGCGCAAAAGAUAUUGCAAAAAUUCCAAGAACUUAAAAGAUAUGACUCUUGA